UUGAUUUUCUGGGUUUUCGUUUUUCUAUAUUUUCUCUUCUUCAAAUGUUUGAUCUUUUGAUGUAGACCAAUUUGAUCUGAAUCCUGGGAAAACAGUUGAGUGAUUAGAAAGUGAUAAUCUUCGUGGGGUUUUCCAGUCAUGUCUGAUGGGUACAAUAAUUUCAAGAAGACUGAUGAUCUUUGCGAAAACGUUUGUGGACAGCAGGCGUCCCGGGUGGCAGUGACGGUAUCGAGAUUGCGGUGUAUGUUGCGGGGGUCCGAUAUAAGGACUUACAUCUUCCUGUUCGUUGUUGUCCCGCCGAUGAUUUUCGGCCUAUAUUUGCAUGGACAGAAGAUCACUUAUUUCCUGAGACCACUAUGGGAAUCACCUCCUAAACCUUUUAACGAACUCCCUCACUAUUAUCACGAGAACGUCACGAUGGAUACUCUCUGCCAUCUCCACGGUUGGAAAGUCCGGGACUACCCUCGGCGAGUCUUUGAUGCGGUGUUGUUCAGCAAUGAGAUAGACAUACUCACGAUUCGUUGGAAUGAAUUGUAUCCGUAUGUUACGCAAUUCGUGCUUCUUGAGUCCAACUCGACGUUCACUGGCCUACCGAAACCGUUGAGGUUUGCUGGCAGCAGAGAGAAAUUUAAAUUUAUCAAGCCUCGUUUGACGUAUGGUACUAUUGGUGGGAGAUUCAGGAAGGGUGAAAAUCCUUUUGUCGAGGAGGCGUAUCAGAGAGUUGCAUUGGACCAGCUCCUCAGACUCGCAGGUAUAGAAGAUGAUGAUUUAUUGAUAAUGUCCGAUGUAGAUGAGAUCCCGAGUGCACAUACGAUUAAUCUAUUGAGAUGGUGUGAUGAUAUACCAUCCAUACUUCAUCUUCAACUUCGAAACUAUUUGUAUUCUUUUGAGUAUCUCAUCGACCACAAUAGCUGGAGAGCCUCGGUUCACAGGUACAAGAAGGGGAAAACCAGAUACGCUCAUUUCCGUCAAUCUGAUCUCCUCUUAGCAGACGCCGGAUGGCAUUGUAGCUUCUGCUUUCGAUAUAUUAGUGACUUCAUAUUCAAGAUGAAAGCUUACAGCCACACCGAUCGAGUGAGAUUCGCUCACUUCUUGAACCCCAAGAGGAUUCAGGACAUAAUAUGCCGAGGGGCUAACCUGUUCGACAUGAUUCCCGAAGAAUACACAUUCAAAGAUAUAAUCGGGAAGAUGGGACCUAUCUCUCACUCGUAUUCAGCGGUCCAUCUUCCUGCGUACCUGUUGAACAAUGCCGAGAAAUACAAGUAUCUUUUACCCGGCAACUGCGUGAGAGAACAUGGCUGAGUCCAGAAACAACAGUGUGCUAUAAAAGUCUUCGAUUACAAGUUUUUCCGGUACCGGAAAAGGGACUGCUAUGAACAAAUGGAAUCUGUGAUUGUAAGGGGAAAAACUUCAUGUCCUUAUUGAAGUCGCAUAUCCGGUUUCUGGAUCCGAAAGAGGUAGAUUUAUCGGUUUUCCGAAAGCUUUAACAACAUCCUAAUGGUAUGACAUAUUCUCCAGGAUUGCAUAAAUGAAUAUAGAAUGAUAAUUU